AUGGAUAAUAAUUCUCAAACAUUCUUCUCCAGUUUCUUUGCUGGUAAGAAGCCCAAAUGUGCUCACUGCCAAGAAGAAGGCAGCCUUAUUUGUUUCUGAUGCAAAACUGAUAUAUGUGAAUAUCAUGGCUGCAAAAGAUACAUUAAAAGGAAAAAUGUUGCUAUUUGCAAUCAUUGUUCUUAUUCUGAUCUUUAUAAUUCGAUAACAGAAAAAUUUGAGCUAAUGAAGUCUGAGAUUUGCGGUGACUUGAAAAAGAUAAAUAAGGAAAAUAUGCAGCUUAAAAAAGAAAUAGAAAUAAAUGGCAAAUUGUGCCAGUCAUUGAAGGAAAAAGCGGAUAUGAAUGAGUAUGUGAAUAAUGAAACGUCUAGAAAAUUAAUGGAAACUAUAAGAGUUAAUGAGUUGGUGAUUAGUGGAUCUAAUCAAACAUUUAGAAGCCUUGCAGAAUCACUUGAAAGGCAAAAGCAAUGCAAUUUGAAAUACAAAGAGAAAAUAAACUGCACAAAUAAUGCAAUAGAAAUGGUGGAAAGUGAAAUCAAAGUGAUAUCUGAACAGAAGCAGCAAGCUGCUAUGCAUGUCAAUACACUUAGUAAGAUAUUGAGCUCAAGUGGCCCUGCUGAAUCGAUUGCUAGAAUUCUUUGUGAAAAAUGCAAAAAAAGAUUCUUUGGUUCUGCAAAUCUUGCGAGGCUUUCUUUUUCAGAAUCAAUUGAUAAAAAUGACCAAAAAGCGUCAUGCGUAAGUUGCUCCUUACUAUAA